UUGCACUGUUGCCACUUCCCACGUUGUCUUGUUCAGGUCACCACUCAUGUAACGAAGAUUUGGCGCUAAGUUUAAAAAUUUGUAAACAUGGCAGGGUCGGCACUUCGUCGGCUGAUGGCCGAGUACAAACAGUUGACCUUAAAUCCUCCAGAGGGAAUAAUAGCUGGGCCAAUCAAUGAAGAAAAUUUCUUUGAAUGGGAAGCGUUGAUAACAGGUCCUGAAGGUACCUGUUUUGAAGGAGGCGUAUUCCCGGCAAAAUUAAUUUUCCCGCCUGACUACCCUUUGAGUCCACCUAAAAUGCAGUUUACUUGUGAAAUGUUUCAUCCGAACAUUUACAGCGACGGCAGAGUAUGCAUUUCCAUUUUGCACGCACCUGGAGAUGAUCCAAUGGGAUACGAAUCCAGUGCUGAGAGGUGGAGUCCAGUCCAGAGUGUGGAGAAAAUUUUACUCUCUGUUGUGAGCAUGCUAGCAGAACCAAACGACGAAAGUGGUGCCAAUGUUGACGCCGCGAAGAUGUGGAGAGAAAAUCGAGAAGAGUUCAACAAAAUUGCAGAGAGGCUGGUUCGUCGCACGCUUGGUUUGCCUCCUUAAUUCUUUCUCUUUGUAUAUAGCCUGCGAAAAUCUGUGAAUGCAUGCUUUUUUGGGGUAUUUGUGGUGAUAAUCUUAUAAUCUUGUCUAUUUGCUAAAUAAAACUCGCUACGCUCGUACAAA